GCGGCAUCAAUAAUAAUACUACAACUACUAUACAGUAUGGCUACACACACCGACCUUCGUCAUUCAUCGCUGUGUUUUACGUAACGCGAGGUGUAAGUUUCACUCGUCAAAUUGGAAAUUAAACGAACUUACCUAGUCGAAGAUGAAGCUGUCACUCCUAGCAGCGCUGACGCUGCUGUCGCCAGUCCUGGGGUACAGGAUCCUGGCCAUCUUCCCGGUGCCUUCGAAGAGCCACAACCAUAUGGGCCAGGGCAUCGUUGGAGCCCUGCUCAAGGCUGGCCAUGAGGUGACUUGGGCAACUCCGUUCCCUAAGAAAGAAGCUCAGAAAGGGCUCACCUACAUCGACGUCAGUGAAACUCAACGAUUUAUUCAAAAUGUGGAUCCACUAAAGGUGCAACAACUGAACAUCGCUGAAAUGCUGGAAUUCGGACGGAACAUCUCCGUGGCUGCCGCGGUCAAUAAAGGGGUCCAGGAGGCUCUGAUGGGGAAAUAUGAUGCCGUGGUCACUGAGGUCUUCUUUAGCGAUCUGCAGGCUGGUUUCGCGGCAGUCCUGCAAGUACCGUGGAUCGUGCUAAGCGGCACAGUGGUCCACUCCGGAGUGGAAGCGUUAGUCGCGGACAUUGGCAGCGCCGCGCUGGUGCCCGCCAUGGCCAGCGACUACCCGCUGCCGAUGACCUUGUGGCAGCGGAUGGCGAACGCGGCUAUGAUCGGGAUGAUGACCGCUGGCCGCUUCGAGAAACUCUACCACGAGAUUUUCGACCCCAUCGCCGAGAAGAAAGGCAUCGUCCUUCCCCCUUACUCCAAGGCCAUCUACAAUAUCUCCAUCCUGCUCUCCAACUCGCACCCGUCGCUAGCCCCGGCUAUAAGUGUGCCGCCUAACGUGGUGUAUAUCGCUGGGUACCAUAUUGAUGAUCACCACUCGCCGCUGCCUAAGGAUCUCCAAGAGCUCAUGGAUAACUCUAAGAACGGCGUCAUAUACUUCAGCAUGGGUUCCGUGGUGAAGGGUUCCGCAUUCCCCGAGCAAACCAGGAAGGAUCUCAUCAGGAUCCUUGGAGCGUUGCCCUGCACUGUUCUCUGGAAGUUCGAGGAACCGAUCCAGGGGCUGCCGAAGAACGUCCAUAUUAGAGCUUGGAUGCCGCAGCCUGCUAUAUUAGCGCACCCAAACCUCAAGCUCUUCAUAACCCACGGAGGCCUCCUCAGCACGUUAGAAGCCAUCCAAGCUGGUGUUCCUCUCCUGGCUGUGCCUGUCUUCGGCGACCAGCCAGGGAACGCCGUGAGGGCUGAACGCGCUGGGUACGCGCUCGCUGUACCCUUCGCUCCUGACAUGGGGGACAAACUGAAGGUCGCACUUGACAAGAUGCUUUCUGACAAUAGAUACUAUAACAAGGCUAAAGAGCUGUCUCGGCUGUUCAACAACCGGCCGCUGCCUCCAUCCAAGCUCAUCGCGCAUUACGUGGAGCUGGCCAUUGAGACCAAAGGCGCCCUGCAUCUCCGCUCUCCGACAUACCACUACGCGUGGUAUGAACGCUACAUGCUCGACCAACUCGCCGUCGUCAUGGCAACGAUAUACGUCGCCGUGAAGUUGGUCAAAUAUGGCGUCAACAAGGUUUUAGGAAAGUCUAAAAAGGAGAAGGUUAAGAAGAAUUAAGUGAUAUUUUUCGCUAUUAUUUUAUAGACGGAAUCUUGACACUUAAAAGUCGGCAAGUUUAAAUAAAUAUUAUAUGUGAGUGUGCACGGAAAAACGUCCCACUUUGUCGAUUGCUCUAAAGCCGCUUUGUCAGUUUAUUCAUAAUAUCUGGGCGACCGAGCUUCGCUCGGUUCUGUU